GCCACAUAUGAACAGCAUAAUCCAACAAGUUAAAAGAGGUGGAGCAGUGAGGUCUAAUGUUGCCUUUCUAGGAUUUAAUAAGAUGACUCUCGGGCUUUACAGAGAUAUUGUAGCUGCCGAGAAUGAUUAUCUUCCUUCUGAUAUGAUGAAGGUAUAUAACCCAGUGAAUAUGUUCUCAACGCUGGGGAAUCCAUUACUCUAUUCAGUAUUUACUGAGGAGAGUCUGGAGCAUGUAUUUCUCACAAAAGAAAUUAAAAGUUCUUCAAGAUUUAAGACAACUGAAAUAGCUGAUUUUGACUUUGAGAACAACUACUUCUUUGAUGAGUUGAAAAUGGGGCUGAAUGAGUAUGAACUAGCUGUAGUGUCUAGAAACCUUCAUUCUAUUCCAUCCCUGUAUGCAAUUACUUCACACUCACUGUUUCAGAAAAUCUGAAAUGAUCAGCUAGAGGGAUCUUAUAUCUUUUAUGAUGACAAAUAUUUUGAGUUGAGGAAACGCCUUGACAUCUUUUUCAGAGCCUUAGAGACAGCUCCGAGUAGUCAUGUUAAUAUCUUGGUUACCAACGAUGGCUCAUAUGACUAUGAUGGUACAGUGAAAUGCCUCGAAGCUGCCUUUGCCCUUAAGGAGAGUAUUGAGGAUAGAUUUGCCUCUUCACAUCAUUCAUUCAGUAUAAAGUUUUAUAAUGAUGAGCAAUACCUAUGAUCUGACAUUGUUGGGACAGAUAAAGUCAACCAAGGGUUCACAGAGUUGGUCCAAGAGUCAAUUGAGUCGAUGCCUCAGACAAAUGUAACCCUUGAAUUACACACUGGGUAUAAAGUUAAUAGAUUAGAACAAAAUACUGCAACUUUUGAGAACGGCACUGUCGAGGAAUUUGACUUUCUCAUAGCUAAUCCUCUGAAAUCCAUUCCUCCAGUAUUUGGACAAAUAAUUGAGAGAGACUCAAAUGAAAGCUCUGACUUGAGUAAAGGAGAUCAUUGGGCCGAUAGCUUUCAUACAGAUUGCUCUGUUGGAAAUUCCUCAAACAUUUUCUUCUCAUAUAACUCAAAUCUCUCUUUAAAGCAUAAUUAUGAUGCUGUUGGGGGAGAGAUCAACAAGAUUCUUUGAACUAAUACUAUCAAUUAUUUUUAAAGACUUGCCUCUUGUAGAGUACGAUUUGGAGGAAAUCCUUGCUGAAACUCCAGUAAAGGUCAGAGUAUCUCGAGAGAAGUCUCUGACGUUCACUCCUGAGAGAGCUGAAGUGAACCUGAAGCCCAAAACAUUUAAGGACAGAAUACUUAGCUUUCUAUCCUAGGACACUUAAUU